AUGAAAUAUGAACCGGAUCAUUUGACAAUUCCAAAUGAUGGGACAGAUGUUUGGGAAAUAGAUCCUAAACAUUUGAAAUACGGAACUCAAGUUGCAUCUGCGUCAUACGGUGAACUAUUUAAAGGUACAUAUUGUAGCCAGGAAGUAGCCAUCAAAGUUCUCAAGGCUAAGCUUGAGGGAAAUUUUUACAAAAUUCAAAUUGGUUUUAGUUGUGUUGUCAUUUUUAAAAAGUAUGCAUAUACAAACUUGCUGAUGGAACUUGCAGAAAGGUUCGACACAAGAAUGCCGUGCAAUUCAUGGGAGCAUGUUGUAAAGCUCGCUGAUUUUGGGGUUGCUAGAGUGAAAACUCAAUCCGGAGUUAUGACAGCAGAAACUGGGACAUAUCAUUGGAUGGCGCCUGAGAGAAAUAUUUAUGUUACCAUAGCUUUAAAUGGAUUUCAAGGUUUACGGCCCACCAUCCCCAAGAGCACUAAUGCAAAGUUUGUUCAAAUUCUUCAGAGGUCUUGGCAGCAAGAUCCAACUUUAAGACCCGAUUUCUCUGAAAUCAUCGAGAUCCUGCAGCAGUUGGCUAAGGAGAGGGAUGGGAAAGGGGUUGAGUUUUAUAGGUUGCAUUUGAAGAAAAAGAAAGCUUGA